AUGGAGUGGGAAGAAGGGAUAUAUAUAUACGGGAAUUGGCUCCACCAACAACUUUGUGCAACACCAACGAUGCUAUCCGCUUCACAGCUAUCCAAGAGAACUCUUCGCAUGGCCAAGAGGGGUAGAGUUCUCCAUAGAGGAUAUUCUCAAAACACGACUCCUCCACCUAGCAUCAAGACUCAUUUUUCUCAAGAAGAGCCAAAGAAACCGUUCUCAGUUGCCGGUUUCCUCUUCAAAGUUUCCCUUUUAACUGCCGCAGUUUAUGGUACAGCUGCCACAGCGGCAUUGAUCUAUGAACCUUUACAAGAUCCUUAUUUGGAAUAUUUCCCCUACGGUGAGGAAGUGAUGGAUAAAAUCGACUAUACUUGGAAACAUAGAAAGGAGAUUAUGCAAUUUGAUUAUAAGAAAUACUAUAACACUAAACAUGAUGAGUUUGCCACUUCCUUCAACAAAACUGCUGAAAAGUUAGGAAUCGACGAGUAUGUUGGUAUUCCUCACAAUGGAGUUGGCGCUUCAUCACUCUCGGCCCAAGAGGAAUUGAAAUCAAAGGAACAAGAGAAGAAGGACAAGUUCCUCGUCCUCUCUAACUCAGAUCUUCCUCCAAAGGAGGAAAAGAAGAAUGACACCGAUGCGCUUGCACAAGCUCCAUUACUUAAUGAAGCAAAGUCUGUCAUUCCUAAAAUCAAAAUCGAUACUGCUGAUCCUAACAUCACUGCAAUCAUCUCUUCCGUCAACACUUUGAUUGAUGAAUUGAACUCCACAAAGGUUGGUGAAAAUACUCCUAAAUUGAUUGACCAGAUUCAUAUUGGCUUAGCAAAGUUAUCUUCAUCUUUUAACCCGGAGGAUGUGAAUGACGCCAUUUCUGGUAAUUUGCAAUACUUGAAGGAUAAGUUUGAGCAAGACAAAACUGCAUUGGUUCAACAGCUAACUAGCACGGCUGAGGAGACCAAAAAAGCAUUGGAAGCUAAACAUAAAGAAUCCCUUGAAAAGGAGCUUGCUGAAAUCAAAAAGACUUUGGAACUGGAAUACGAAAAUAGGUUAAAGAAGACUGAGAUUGAGUUGGUUGAAAAAUUCAAUGCAUCUGUUUCUGAAAAGAUUGAAACAGAAAGAAAUAAUAAAUUGAAGAAUCUAGAAGCGUUAGAAACAAGAAUAAAUGCAAUUGAAAACUUUGAAUUAGAACUUUCUAAGGUUGCAACCUCUUACACUACUUUCAAAGAAAUCAGAAAGACUCUUUCUAAAGUUAGAUCCCUAUUAGUUUCAAAUACUGUAUCUGAUGUACGGGGUGAAAACCUAGUUGCCGAAUUUGACAGAUUGAGAGAACUAACCGAGCCUUUAGACAACAAAUUAAUUGCCGCUACUCUGAACUCAUUACCUUCUAAUAAGGAGCUAUUGGUUAACGGCGGUGUAUUAACACAAUCUCAAAUUCUUAGUAGAUGGGAACUUUUGGUACCACAACUAAGAGCAAACUCUCUACUACCUGAAAAUCCAGGUAUUUUAGGUUAUGCGGCAUCUGCUGUUUUCUCUAAGUUCCUGUGGUCCAAGUCCGGUGUUCCAAUUAGAACCGAAGACCAACUUAUUGGUAAUGAUGUUGAGUCCGUUAUUGCGAGAGUUAAUAGUUAUUUACACAAGAACCAGUUGGACUAUGCAGUUGAAGAGGUUGCAAGUUUGAAAGGUAUUCCAAGACAACUAGCUAAUGACUGGAUAGUUGAGACAAGACGUAAGCUAGAAAUUCAAUUUUUGGUUGACUUGCUCUCAGCGGAAGUUGAUGUAUCUGCAUAA